AUUAUAUAUGCGCCUAUCUGCGUUUCAAAUAAAUUUGAAGUAAACCAUCGAUUGUAAAAACUAUCUCCGGUAGUUCAGUUUUUUGAUCUGUCGAGUUCGAGCAGUAAGGGAUAGAGAUAAGCGUUGGAAAUUGUUAUCAGGGUGCAUUUCAGUGGUGCUUUCUUGACAAUUGAAUCAAUUAAUUGUCUUGUAAUUAACUUCGAAAAAUGGAAUAUUUGAGUAGCGACGAAAGCGAUAUGGAAUUAUUAGAGAUGAUUGAUGAGUUUGAUGAAGAAAGUGAAUCGGAAGAGAACUUAAUACAAAAAGUUUAUAAAGCCCGAGUGGAUUAUAUGAUUGUUUUAAAUAAUUACGAGUUCACAUAUAGAUUUCGUCUGAGCAAAAGUGCUGUGAGGGAAUUAUUGGAUUUAAUUAAUCCAUAUUUGAAGGUGAAAUCUCCAAGAAACCAUGGAAUAUCCCCUCUGCAUCAAAUUCUUCUGGCUUUAAGAUUUUAUGCAUUAGGUACUAUGCUGGUGUCCGUUGCAGACUUUAUAGGUGUGUCAAUAGCAUCUGCUAGUCGUAUUGUUAAUGAUGUUUCAAAAGCAAUAGCGAAACUGUACCCAAGGUUUGUUUCAAUAGAAAGGCACUGUAAUGAAGAAUUCUAUGCAAUUGCCGGGUUCCCUAGAGUACGUGGUGUCAUAGAUGGUACUCAUAUAUUAAUACAAUCACCUAAUUCCAACAUAGGAGAGGAAUUCAGAAAUCGAAAGGGGUCAUUUUCUUUGAAUGUGCAGGUGGUGUGCGAUGCAUCACUUAGGUUUCAGAAUGUUGUAGCUCGAUGGCCAGGUUCAAGUCAUGAUGCAACAAUAUUCAAUCAUUCAGAUUUGAAAGGUACUUUCUUCAAAUUAUUCGCAACAGUACCAUCAAAUAACCAUUGUUCAUUACUUACAGAGUAUUGUGAACAAGGUAGACUUGCAAAUUCCUGGUUACUUGGUGAUAGUGCUUAUCCAUGUAAACCAUACCUUUUGACACCAAUACUCAACCCGACCACUAGGGGAGAACAACUGUACAAUGAGUCACAUAUAAGAACUAGAAACACAAUCGAAAGGUGUAUUGGAGUUUGGAAGAGGAGAUUUCCUGUAUUGGCAUUGAAGAUGAGGUUGAAGCUUGAAAACAUACAAGCUGUAAUUAUAGCUACAAGUGUGCUUCAUAAUAUUGCUAGAUGUCACAAUUUGGAAGAAGUUGAUGCAGAAGUGCAUAUUCCAAAUGAUGAGAUGAAUAUUGAUGAGGAGAUAAUUCAUUCACCAUCGAGUGAUGCAACAGAGAGAAGAACCCUUGUAGAUAGUUGGUUUUCUACUCUAUAAUUCUAUAAUGUUCCCUUUGUCAUAGCUAAAAAGUUAAUAAAAUGUUUGAGCUAAAUAUUUUUGUUGUAUCAGUG